CCUGGUGGGCGGGGCCUUGCGUUGCACCUCCUCCUCCCUGGCGCCUGGGCGGGUAGCUCGCCUUGGCCGCGUUAUGGCUGCGCUGGUGGAGCCGCUGGGGCUGGAGCGGGACGUGUCCCGGGCUGUGGAGCUGCUGGAGCGGCUGCAACGCAGCGGAGAGCUGCCCCCGCAGAAGCUGCAGGCCCUGCAGCGGGUCCUGCAGAGCCGCUUCUGCUCCGCCAUCCGCGAGGUGUAUGAGCAGCUCUAUGACACACUGGACAUAACUGGCAGUGCCGAGGUGCGGGCUCACGCCACCGCCAAGGCCACAGUGGCUGCGUUCACAGCCAGCGAGGGCCAUGCACAUCCCAGGGUGGUGGAACUACCGAAGACCGACGAGGGUUUGGGCUUCAACAUUAUGGGCGGCAAAGAGCAGAACUCACCCAUCUAUAUCUCUCGAGUUAUCCCCGGAGGUGUGGCUGAUCGCCAUGGUGGCCUCAAGCGGGGAGACCAACUGCUGUCUGUGAAUGGUGUGAGCGUGGAAGGUGAACACCACGAAAAGGCGGUGGAACUCCUGAAGGCCGCCCAGGGCUCAGUGAAACUGGUGGUGCGCUACACACCGCGGGUGCUGGAGGAGAUGGAAGCUCGCUUUGAGAAGAUGCGCUCUGCGCGUAGGCGCCAGCAGCACCACAGCUACUCGUGAGCCCGCAGCCACCACCCUCCCCCUGCUGUCCCCAACCUCCCAAACCAGGUCCUUGGAGUCUCGAGGCUGAAAUCACAGAGCAGGACCCUCUUCCCCUGUACAGUACUAUUUAUUGUCACUGGCUCCUUAUUUAAAGAUCUUUAACCCUCA